AUGUCUUUGCUCAGGCGGCUUGCGGUGAAUACACCGAGGAAUGUUCGCGUGUUAUCCUCCUCUGUGCCAUCACCGCCGUCGUCGUCGCCGCGCGACGAACUCGAUUUAACAUUUAGCAGUCCGAAAAAUGCCUUUAAAAGUAAGAAAACAAGCGAGCUGGUGCGGGCUUACUUCGUGUACCAAAUAUGCUCUGUCAACUGGAUAGUUGAGAAAAACGAAAUGUUGAUGAAGACGCUGCGCCAGGUCGUAGGAAAACGUCUCUUUGAGCUGAUAAUGAAGGCGACUUUCUACGGACAAUUCGUCGCUGGCGAAAGUCCCGAACAAAUCAGAUCAACUGUGGAAAGGUUACGAUCAUUCGGUGUAAAGUCGAUCCUUGAUUACUCCGUAGAAGAAGAUUUAUCACAUGAAGAGGCUGAAAAGCGUGAAGUCAGUGCCUCCAUAUCCGCGUGCGGGGACAAGGAGGAGGAGGGUCAGCUGAAGCAGUACCAUGUGGAACAAAAAUUCGCCGACAGGCGAUACAAGGUUCACAGUGCCAGAACGUUCUUCUAUCUCAACGAGGCUGCUUGUGAGAAGAAUAUGGAAGCAUUCCUCAGAAGCAUUGACGCUGUAGCAAAUAUCACCAAAAGUACAGGGUUAAUGGGCAUCAAACUCACAGCCCUCGGCAGGCCGCAGUUACUUUUGCAAUUGUCAGAAGUGAUUAUGCGUGCAAGAAACUACAUGCAUGAGAUUGGAGGCGGAACUGGCAACGUACUGGCUCACCAUAAGACUAUUGAGGACUUUCAAAGGUACUUCGGUGAUCACGGUAGCAAACCCGAAGUGCAAGACUUCAUGAAAAAGAUCACAUCGGAUAAGAAAGGAAUUGUUCACCUAUUCCCGUGGACCAACAUUCUAGAUGAAAACAUGAACCUCUCGGACUCUUUCCGAGUGCCUGACCCGAAGACGGGCCAGAUGCGUCGUCUCAUAUCUCAAAUAUCUACGAAAGAAGAAGAGAUGUUCCGCAACAUGCUCCGGCGGCUGAACCAUAUCAUCAAAAUUGCGAACGACGUUGAUGUUAGGAUUAUGAUUGACGCUGAACAGACAUACUUUCAGCCAGCCAUUUCUAGGAUUUGCAUUGAGAUGAUGAGGAGAUAUAACAAGGAUAGGACUCUGGUGUUUAACACGUACCAAACUUAUUUGAGGAAUACUUACAACGAGCUGAUGACAGACUUGGAGCAGGCACAACGCCAGAACUUCUACUGGGGCGCCAAGUUCGUUCGGGGUGCUUAUCUUGAACAGGAACGCGCCAGAUCGACGGCGAUGGGUUACGAAGAUCCGACUUGUCCAAAUUACGAAGCCACGACGGCCUCCUUCCACAAGUGUCUGCAUGAGGUCCUAACAAGAGUCUCUAGUAACAAGGAGAACCUUAAUGUCAUGGUGGCGUCCCAUAACGAGGACACAGUGCGGUACACUAUUCAGAUGAUGAACGAACUGAAGAUCAAACCCGAAGACAAAAUCGUGUGCUUCGGACAAUUGCUUGGCAUGUGUGAUCAUGUCACUUUCCCUCUGGGUCAGUCCGGUUACUCUGCCUACAAGUACGUACCCUACGGCCCUGUAGUUGAGGUACUGCCAUAUCUCUCUCGGCGAGCGAACGAAAACAGAGGCUUCCUGUCCAAGAUCAAAAAGGAGAAAAAACUACUUCUUCAAGAAAUCGUACGCCGAGUUUUAUCUGGACAAAUGUUCCACAAGCCACAGGGCAACUACACUCCCAUGUAA